AUGCAGAUUCUCGUCUAUGAUCCGCAUGUGCCAGAAGGUUCAGUUCUGGGAUUCGGUCUUCAGCAGGUGGGGCAUCUAUCCUAUCUCCUGGCUGAAAGUGAUGUAAUCUCCAUUCACUGGCGACCACGGUCACUGACUUUACAGAGUGCGGACUUACACACCGACCGAGAUCACGUGGAGCCAGUGAAUCUGGAUUCUGCCUUCAUGGACGCAAUGAAAAAGGGUGAGUUGGUGCUGACAUCUGUGAAAGCUCUAUCAGUUUGUCGUGAUCCAGGAAGUCGGAUCUUACGAGCUUGA